CUCCUGGCACAGAAUGCCCUAAUGCCACUUAGAACUCUUCCUGUUUUCGUCCCUCCCUGAAAAAAAAAAAAACGCUUCAUUGCAAUAUUUACUAGAAGUGAGUGGGACUGUUAGGAGGACGAGAAGCAGUUAGAGUUCACAGAGGAAGGGACAGGGUGACAUCCCAGGAUUACAUAAAUUUACAGGGGCUGCCAAAUUGGUCAAACAAGCCGGUGGAUCCUGGAAGCCAGAGAACACCGCUGUGAAGGAAAGAAACUGAAGCCUUUCUCCGAGCCUGUCUGGGCUGUCAAACUCUCAGAAUCUACCGACCAUGGAGAAGCUCAGCUUCUUGCUGUUGCUUCUGAAGCUGGUGCAUGCCUCUCCCGCCACACCAGAACCCUGCGACUUAGAGGCAGGCAAGGAAAGUAUCCGCUGCUCCUGCAACUUCUCAGAACCGCAGCCGAAUUGGUCCAGCGCUUUCCUUUGUAUGGCAGCGACAGAUGUGGAGUUCUACGGUGGCGGCCGCAGUCUGGAGCACUUACUAAAGCGCGUGGACACCGAAGCAGAUCUGGGGCAGUUUAUUGAUAUUAUCAGGCCUCUACCCUUGAAGCGGCUUACCGUGCGGGCAGCGCGGGUUCCUACUCGGAUUCUAUUCGGAGCCCUGCGUGCGCUCGGGUAUUCGGGCCUUCAGGAAUUGACUCUUGAAAACCUCGAGGUAACCGGCACUGCGUCGCCGCCGCUUCUGGAAGCCACAGGACCCGAUCUCAACACUUUGAUCCUCCGCAACGUGUCGUGGGCAACAAGGGAUGCCUGGCUCGCAGAACUGCAGCAGUGGCUAAAGCCUGGACUCAAAGUACUGAGUAUUGCCCAAGCACACUCACUCAACUUUUCCUGCGAUCAGGUCCGCGUCUUCCCUGCCCUUGCCACCUUAGAUCUGUCUAACAACCCUGAAUUGGGCGAGCGAGAACUGAUCUCGGCCCUCUGUCCGCACAAGUUCCCGACGCUCCAAGUUUUAGCGCUGCGCAACGCGGGGAUGGAGACGCCCAGCGGCGUGUGCUCUGCGCUGGCCGCCGCAAGUGUGCAGCUGCAAGGACUGGACCUUAGUCACAAUUCACUGCGGGUUACUGCAGGCGCUCCGAGUUGUCGCUGGCCUAGUCAGCUAAAUUCGAUCAAUCUGUCUUUCACUGGGCUGGAGCGGGUACCUACAGAGCUGCCAGCCAAGCUCAGCGUGCUUGAUCUCAGUUACAACAGGUUGAAGAGGAAACCUAGGCCAGAUGAGCUGCCCAAAGUGGAGAACCUGUCACUUCAAGGAAAUCCCUUUUUGGACUCUGAAUCCCACUCGGAGAAGUAUAACUCUGGCGUAGCAGUGGGCUUGUCAGCGGGAACUCUGGCUUUGCUCCUAGGGACCGCCUCUUUGUUUAAGGAACUUUUACAUCCUCCUGGUUUCUGAGGGCCCUGGUCAACGAAUCCUCUGCUUUAAAUUUAUUAAAAUCUGAAACCACGAUGUAAGGAAAGAAAGGCAGCCAAGAUGGUCCAAUGGGUAAAAGCCACCAAGCUUGACCCCUGAUUUUUUUCCCCCGGUUUUUCGAGACAGGGUUUCUCUGUGUAGCCCUGGCUGUCCUGGAACUCACUCUGUAGACCAGGCUGGCCUCGAACUCAGAAAUCUGCCUGCCUCUGCCUCCCAAGUGCUGGGAUUACAGGCGUGCACCACCACUGCCCCGCUUGACCCCUGAUUUUGAGCCCCAGGAUCUACACGGUAGGAAGAAACUCACUCCUGAAAGUUGUCCAUCUGUGCUCACGAAUAAAUAUUUUUAAAAUAACAA